AUGGCAUAUGGCCUUUUAAAUCCCCUUUCCAGCACCUCACCCUUAUUUUUAUUUUUCGCUCAUGCCGCCAUGGAAGAGAGCAUUUUCGUCAUUGGAGGGCAGCCUUCGCAGCAGACUGGCUCGACGCGUGUUGAUGAGUUCAUGGUGAAAGAACGGCGCUGGUAUCAAAGGGCGCCCCUGGCCGUUGGGCGCCAAGAUCACGCAGCCGCAAUUGUGAGGGUUGGCUCUGUAGACAGGGUGGGCGCAGAGAAAUCACUGGUCGGCAUAUUUGGCGGAUCCUUUGAGCAAGGCAAUGACUGGUCACGCAUUACUUCCUGCGAGUUGUAUGAGGUCAGUCAAGACAGGUAA